AACAACCGCACUCGCAUACGACCUAUCUGUCGCACAGCACAACCCACUACCGCUGCCUCCCAACUCUUCACCACAGUCAAAAUGGCUGACGUCGCUACCGCACCGAACCCCUCCCAGCAGGUCCCUCUGGACACGAUCCCCAUCUCGCCUGUCGAUGGCACCAACUCGUCUGAGGCUGAGGACAAGAGCGCCAACACAGAGGACAAGUCUGCCCGCACGGUCUUCCACGACCCCGAGAACUUCAACGUCAAGCACCCGCUCAUGAACACAUGGACCCUGUGGUUCACCAAGCCCCCAAGCGGCAAGGGCGACAACUGGGCUGAGCUGCUCAAGGAGGUCAUCUCUUUCGACUCGGUCGAGGAGUUCUGGGGCAUCUACAACAACAUCACACCCACAUCUGACUUGGCGCUGAAGUCGGACUACCACCUCUUCAAGAGCGGCGUUCGCCCCGAGUGGGAAGACUCUCAGAACAAGCACGGCGGCAAGUGGGCGUUCCAGUUCAAGGACAAGAAGGCCAUCAACAUCGAUGCGCUGUGGCUCCACGUCAUGCUCGCUGCCAUUGGCGAAAACCUUGAGGAUGAGGAGGACAACGAGGUCAUGGGCGUCGUUGUCAACGUUAGGCGAGGAUUCUACCGUAUUGGUCUGUGGACUCGCUCUGUUGGCCGUGCUAUUCCUGGUGAUGGAGGCAAGGGCAGGACACAAGAACAGGGCAAGGAGACACUCCAGAAGAUCGGCAAGCGAUUCAAGCAGUCCCUUCAGCUCAAGGAGAACGAGCCCGUCGAGUUCUCUGGUCACACGGACGCUGCCCACUCUGGCAGCACACGUGCGAAGGCCAAGUUCACUGUCUAAGUGCUCCGCGAGGCCUGUCACCGAAGAGAUUCGGAUUUUGGCGAAGCAGAGGCUCACCUCUGCGGUUUCUCUAUUCAACACGAACACGUUGAAGGGUAGUCGACAAUGCGACUGCGCUUGGGCGUAAUUUACUACCCGGUGUACCCAAAAGCAUCUUCA